UUCUAACUAUGCUCACUUAUACGUCCAACUAUGCAAUAAUUAAAGGCUUUUAACACAAUCCAUAUUCAAGGUUUCUGGUAGCUUCAGUGCUAUUAUUCAUUAAUUUAUUGAUUGACACAAUGUCACUCCAAAAAUCUGAAAUAAUAGUAGUGAUUAAUUCUAGAUUUACGAUGUCAGUUUUUGAAGUAACAAAACAACGUCCUACGCUCGCACGUAACAAUUACGGCAACACAAACAAAUAAUAUGCUUUUAACCAAACCCCCACAAUGAGUAUUCAACCCUGGCUGAAACCGCUUUCAGUCUGUGCCCCGCGCUCGUCGACGACUAUCGCGCGUCAUCAUAAGCAAUAUUUCCCGCUUUUAUUGUCAUCGUGGUUUAAUUAAUAAAUUCAAAAUUGGAAUCCAUUUGAAAAUUUAAUAAAGUGCUUCUUUUUUUUAAUUGGUACUGUGAUGAACUAUCGACAAAUUAAUUAAAAUAAAACAAGUGGUGUGUCAAAGUUUAGAAUUCAAUUCAAUAAACCAUUUUCUUUAUAAUGAUAUCGAACCCGCAUAACAUGUUGCAUUUAGAAUUGGAAACUCGUUUGAAGUUUAUUUUACGAGCAUAGACAUUUUACAGUUAUGAAAAUUAAUGUCAAUCGCGAAGAUGCGAUUUGGAACAAGAGAUGGCGCUGAAGAAUCUGCAGCUGUUUCGUCCUAUGAACGCCGGUAUGACGUAUCCACACCGGCAAGCUACGCCGAUGAGAGCAACGCCGUCGGCACUCUCUAGAAGCUUAUCGAAGUCAGCCGAGACUUUAGCUGGCACUUCUAAAUAUGGUAAAGAGCUAAAAGCUCGUAAGACGCGAAGCACCGAUCAACCAAGUAAUGGACUUGUUAAAGGCAACAGUUCCCUGGGCCUGCCGGCGAUCACCAACAACUGGGGACCAACAGACGAUGCCAGCAUACGAACCCGUCAUAGGAACGGCAGCAGCGGCAGUAGAGCGGCAAGUCUGGACCGCAGCACCCGCGGCUCCAGCUCCACUCUCAACGCCGAUGAAGACAACAUCAACGUCGUCGUCAGGGUCCGUCCCAUCAACGAAAAGGAGAGGUCUCGUGGCGAGCGGAUGAUGCUGGAGUUCCCCGGCAAGGGUCAGGUGGUCUGCAACAACACCACUCCAGGUCAGAAACCGAAGGUCUUCUCCUAUAACGUGGUCUUCGAACCUGCUGCGACCCAGGAGGACAUUCUAGAAUAUUCCGGAGUGAAGAGACUCCUAGAGAUGGCAGUAGAAGGUUUCUCGUGCACGGCGUUCUGCUACGGUCAGACCGGCAGCGGGAAGACGCACACGCUCACCGGACGUCCAGGGCUGGUGGAGAGUGGUGCGAGCCCCUACUCCGGAGACCACGGGCUGGUGGUGAGAUCCUUUGUGUACCUCUUCCAGCUCAUACAAGACCGACCUGAAAGCCACUUUAUAUUGAAAGCGUCUUUCUUGGAGAUUUAUAAUGAGAAGGUAAUAGAUCUGUUGAAUCCGGGAAGUGCUCGGAAGCCCUUGCAAGUGCGGUGGUCGAAGGAAAGCAGAAGUUUCUAUGUGGAGAACUUAUUCACAGUCGACUGCGAGGAACUUGACGAUCUGUUCGCGGUUUUGGAAGAAGGCAUGAGGAACCGCGCAGUAGGUGCGCACGCGAUGAACUCGCACUCGUCUCGCUCGCACACGUUGUUGUGCGUGCGCGUGCGCAGGGACCUCCGCACCGACGGCGACGUCACCUGCUCCACGCACGGCAAGAUCAACUUCGUCGACCUCGCCGGCAGCGAGAUGACCAAGCGCACGCACAGCACCGGCAAGACGCUUGAAGAGGCUAACAACAUCAAUAGGAGUCUCAUGGUGUUGGGUUAUUGUAUAGCCCAGCUGAGUGACGGUAAGAAGCGUGGUCACAUUCCGUACCGAGACAGCAAACUCACCAAACUGUUAGCUGAUAGUUUGGCAGGGAAUGGAGUCACGCUCAUGAUAGCUUGUAUAGCACCGACGAGAUCUAAUUUGAUGGAGACGAUAAACACACUGCGGUACGCGGCGCGAGCCAAGAAGAUUAAAUCUAAACCUAUUGUAAAAAUGGAUGCAAGAGAUGCCCUGAUCCUAAGCUUGAAGCGAGAAGUGGAAGCUCUCCAAGCGGAGAACCAACAUCUGAGGACUGCGCUCCACGUACAGACAGAUUACAACAACGAUACAUAUAAUCCAAAGCACCGCACCUCACCAAUGGAACGGAACAAGUUAUACCAACUGCCUCCAUCCGAACUGGUGGAGUUAGUCCAAUUGCACAUGGAAGAGAACUCGGCGCUGCGGGCCGAAAACACCGAGCUGUUUGGAGUGAGAGACCAGCUCCUGAGGGAUCAGGAGUUACUGAGCAGAGAGAAUGAGAGGCUGUUAAAGAAAUUAGAAGACGUCAACUCAGUGUGCGUAAGGUCACCGAUUAUACCGGCGAGGGCAACGUACUCUGGACCCAAUGAUCAGCCAAACAUUUGGACCAACCCGGCCAACUCUUCCGCCAAUAGCAUCGCCAGUGGGGACUUGGAUUAACUGUAUAAAAUAUUGUAAAUAUAAUAUAAUUUAGUAUUUUGUGAAAAGUAGUAACCAAUAACUAGAGGAUGUAAUAAUUAUUAUUUGUAACUUUACGCUAAUGCUUAAAGUGGGUUGCAGGCAGAAAACUAAGCUAUGUUUAGCUUAACACGUAUACCUGAUAUAUUUUUAGGAUUCUAUACCUCUGAAGGAACACUUAUAAGAUCACUUUGUUGUUUGUCUGGCAGUACCUUUUUCCUUAGCAACGCGUAGAGGUAUCAAAUUGAUAUUUAUAUGAAAUACUCGGGUCUACGCUGUCUUUCAGCUGUGAAAAAAUCAAACUUGUAAGUCAACACAAUCAAAAGAUAUGACCAUUUGCGAUUUCACAAGAAAAUCAAAACCUUAAAC